AUGUCAUCCCUCGCCCUUCCUAUGGCCUUGCCAAACGCUGCCGACAUCCACACGACGCUCAAUCCUGCCGCGCCCAAGACGACCCCUUCCAAAGCCCGGCCCACACCCGCCACAACGGUCCCCAAGCCGACAUCGAACGUCACCCUCAAGGUCUCCCCUUCACCUGAACUCGUAGAGCUGGAGGACGACGAAGACGGAGAUGACGAUGACGACGACGAUACAGGUAAAAAGAAGCGAGGUGGGCCUGCUGGAUCGGCUGCAGCAGCCAAAAAGAAGACUGGAGGGGAGGCCAAAGGGGAUUACAAAUAUCUCAAUGAGAUCAGUCAGAUGAUGUUUGUCUUUGGCGAAGUGCAAGAUCCUUUACCGGAGACUGUCAAGCUGGUGGAGGACGUUGUCCGAGGGCAAAUUAUCGAAAUUGUCACACGCGCUCGACUCCUAACGCAUCUUCGAUCUUCUCGCUUCCUCUCGGCUGAGGAUCUCAUCUUUCUGAUACGCGACGAUCGAGGCAAAGUCAAUCGAUUACGGACUUACCUCAGCUGGAAGGACGUGAGAAAAAAGGCAAAGGAGGAUGAAGAGGGAGAUGUUGAUGUGGAUGAUGCGGACAAAGGCGCAAAGAGCCGCAAGAGCAUGGUCAAACUCCCGUGGGAGCUUUUCACACCGUUUGGCGACUUUUUGCGGACGCUUCCUUCCCGCCAGUCUGGAGGUGACGAAGAAGAAGAAGAGGACGACGACGAGAUGCAAGCCUAUCAGGAUAGUAUGCAGAGACUGAGGGAUGCCGAUGAGAUCACCAAGAAGAUGACAAAAGACGAAUAUGUCCAUUAUUCUGACUGUCGUCAAGCGAGUUUCACGUACAGAAAGGCCCGAAGGUUCCGUGAUUUUGUCAACUUUUCAGCUUACCUCGAUGUCCGCCCCAACGACGACAUUGUGGAUAUUCUCGGUUUCCUCUCGUUCGAAAUGGUCAGAUCCCUCUGUGUCACCGCUUUAGAAGUGCGGACGCGCAUCGAGAAGGCAGCCGCGGCCGUCCCCAUACCUACGAGUCACGCUGGUCCAAGUAGGACAGGAGGUCGGAAGCCCACCAUGUCGCAUCAAGCUGCAGGGUCCAUGUCCAACGACAAGCUUAUCGCUUCGCCUGCUCUUAAGCGGCGUUUGACCGUGACCUCCACCGCCGAAUCACCGUCUGCAAAGAAGCAGAAGAAUGAUUUGACUGCUUCACCCGAAGCUACCACAACCUUGGCCGCCACACCCGCUACGACGACAGGUCAUGGGUCCACUUCCGGUGAUGCUGUUCUCCCGCGCAAAUUGAACACAUCGGCGCGUAAACCUGUAUCAUUGUUCGCCCCUCCGCCUAGUGCUAGAUCUCCUUUACUCCCAUCUCAUGUGCUCGAGGCUUUUGCUCAGAUUCAGCGACAACAAGCUGCCAGUCGAGUGGGCGGACUGAAGAAUUGGCGAGGUGGAGUUGGAAAGAGUAGAAUGGCCCUAGUGUAA